AGAGAACCUAAGUAGCGGUGUAGGAUAAUGAACGAUAAUUUUGACGUGCUUGUACGAUAAUUCUCUGCGACGAAUCUGGCAACGCUGAAUGCAAACGUACUGGGGUCGCUAAGAUGGCGACAAACGAUAGUAAAGCUCCGCUUAGAACUGUUAAAAGAGUGCAAUUUGGAAUACUUAGUCCAGAUGAAAUCCGUCGCAUGUCCGUUACAGAAGGCGGCAUCCGCUUUCCAGAGACUAUGGAAGCGGGCCGGCCAAAGCUGUGUGGACUUAUGGAUCCUAGACAAGGUGUCAUCGACAGAAACUCCAGGUGCCAGACAUGUGCAGGUAACAUGACCGAAUGUCCUGGACAUUUUGGUCAUAUUGAUCUCGCCAAACCGGUAUUCCAUAUUGGCUUCAUCACAAAAACCAUCAAGAUUCUUAGAUGUGUCUGCUUUUUCUGCAGUAAACUGCUAGUCAGCCCUAAUAAUCCAAAAAUCAAGGAGGUUGUAAUGAAGUCCAAAGGGCAGCCAAGAAAACGUCUAGCAUUUGUCUAUGAUCUCUGCAAAGGUAAAAACAUCUGUGAGGGUGGUGAUGAAAUGGACGUUGGCAAGGAGGGUGAGGAAAAUCCCCAGAAAAAGCAAGGACAUGGUGGUUGUGGUAGAUAUCAGCCUAAUAUAAGAAGGACUGGAUUAGAAUUGACAGCAGAAUGGAAACACGUCAAUGAAGAUACACAGGAAAAGAAAAUAUCACUCUCUGCUGAAAGAGUUUGGGAAAUCUUGAAGCAUAUCACAGAUGAGGAAUGUUUCAUCCUGGGUAUGGACCCCAAAUUCGCCCGUCCAGAUUGGAUGAUUGUUACAGUACUGCCAGUGCCUCCUUUGGCAGUACGACCAGCGGUAGUGAUGUACGGUUCUGCUCGUAACCAGGAUGAUCUGACACACAAGUUGGCUGAUAUUAUCAAGGCCAACAAUGAGCUUCAGAAGAACGAGGCUGCAGGAGCUGCAGCACAUAUCAUUACUGAGAACAUCAAGAUGUUGCAGUUCCAUGUGGCGACUUUGGUGGACAAUGACAUGCCUGGAAUGCCAAGGGCCAUGCAAAAAUCUGGAAAACCGCUAAAAGCGAUCAAAGCUCGGCUCAAAGGAAAGGAAGGCAGAAUUCGAGGUAACCUUAUGGGAAAGCGUGUAGAUUUCUCAGCACGUACUGUCAUUACACCAGAUCCAAAUCUGCGAAUUGAUCAAGUAGGAGUACCAAGGAGUAUUGCUCAGAACAUGACAUUCCCUGAGAUUGUUACUCCUUUCAACUUUGACAAGAUGCUCGAGCUAGUACAAAGGGGCAACUCCCAGUACCCUGGUGCAAAAUAUAUUAUUAGAGACAAUGGUGAAAGAAUAGAUUUAAGGUUCCAUCCUAAGCCAUCAGAUCUUCAUUUGCAAUGUGGAUAUAAAGUUGAAAGACACAUAAGAGAUGGUGACUUGGUAAUUUUCAAUCGUCAGCCAACCCUCCACAAGAUGAGUAUGAUGGGUCACAGGGUAAAGGUGUUACCCUGGUCCACUUUUCGAAUGAACCUGUCCUGUACUUCUCCAUAUAACGCCGAUUUUGACGGGGAUGAAAUGAAUCUGCAUGUACCACAGAGUAUGGAAACCAGAGCUGAAGUAGAAAACCUACAUAUAACCCCUAGACAAAUUAUCACACCUCAGGCCAACAAACCUGUUAUGGGCAUUGUACAGGACACAUUGACAGCCGUACGGAAAAUGACAAAAAGAGAUGUAUUCAUAGAAAAAGAACAGAUGAUGAAUUUGCUGAUGUUCUUGCCUAUUUGGGAUGGAAAAAUGCCUAGACCAGCUAUUCUGAAACCAAAACCACUGUGGACCGGAAGCGUGACGACAUGUGAAGGGACGCGCGCGGUACGAAUGAAAGAAAAUCAAUUUCAAGAAAAGUUAGUCAGAUUGGUCGAGCAAGCAGCUGUUCUCUCUAAUCAUUCCCGGUAAUGUGAACAUGAUUCGGACCCAUUCAACACAUCCAGAUGAUGAAGAUGACGGUCCUUACAAAUGGAUUUCUCCUGGUGACACUAAGGUCAUGGUAGAACAUGGGGAACUCAUCAUGGGUAUUUUAUGUAAAAAGACUCUGGGAACUUCAGCCGGAUCUCUGCUACAUAUUUGUAUGUUAGAGUUGGGACAUGAGGUGUGUGGGCGAUUUUACGGAAAUAUUCAGACUGUGAUCAAUAACUGGCUGUUAUUGGAAGGUCAUAGUAUUGGUAUUGGAGACACCAUUGCCGAUCCGCAGACAUAUAUGGAGAUCCAAAAAGCCAUCAAGAAAGCCAAAGAGGAUGUAAUAGAGGUUAUCCAAAAAGCACACAACAUGGAACUGGAGCCGACUCCUGGUAAUACGCUGCGUCAAACUUUCGAGAAUCAAGUAAACAGAAUUCUGAAUGACGCACGUGAUAAAACCGGAGGUUCAGCUAAGAAAUCUUUGACAGAGUACAACAAUCUAAAGGCUAUGGUAGUAUCAGGUUCCAAAGGUUCCAACAUUAACAUUUCUCAGGUUAUUGCCUGUGUGGGUCAGCAGAACGUAGAAGGCAAACGUAUCCCAUUUGGCUUCAGAAAGAGGACUCUACCACACUUCAUCAAAGACGAUUAUGGUCCUGAGUCCAGAGGUUUCGUAGAGAACUCAUAUCUGGCCGGUUUAACACCUUCAGAGUUUUAUUUCCACGCUAUGGGAGGUCGUGAAGGUCUUAUCGAUACUGCUGUAAAGACUGCCGAAACUGGAUACAUCCAGCGUCGUCUUAUAAAGGCUAUGGAGUCUGUAAUGGUACACUACGAUGGUACCGUUCGAAACUCAGUAGGUCAACUUAUUCAGUUGCGUUAUGGUGAAGAUGGUUUGUGUGGAGAAAUGGUAGAAUUCCAAACGCUACCGACUGUGAAGCUCAGCAACAAGGCUUUUGAGAAGAAGUUUAGGUUCGAUCCAAGCAAUGAAAGGUACCUGAGAAGGGUGUUCAAUGAAGAAGUAAUCAAACAGCUUAUGGGUUCUGGUGAAGUCAUAUCAGAGUUGGAAAGAGAAUGGGAACAGUUGCAGAAAGAUCGAGAAGCUUUAAGACAGAUCUUCCCUAGUGGAGAAUCCAAGGUUGUAUUGCCUUGCAACUUACAGAGAAUGAUCUGGAAUGUACAGAAGAUUUUCCACAUAAACAAAAGGGCACCAACUGAUCUCUCACCACUUAGAGUUAUUCAAGGUGUAAGGGAUUUACUGAAGAAAUGUAUUAUUGUAGCAGGAGAAGAUAGGCUUUCGAAACAGGCCAAUGAAAACGCUACUUUGUUGUUCCAGUGUUUGGUGCGGUCAACUCUAUGUACAAAAUCAGUCUCAGAAGAGUUCCGCCUCAGUACCGAAGCUUUCGAAUGGUUGAUCGGUGAAAUCGAAACCCGAUUCCAACAGGCUCAAGCCAACCCUGGCGAGAUGGUGGGUGCUUUGGCCGCCCAGUCUUUAGGCGAGCCCGCUACUCAGAUGACACUGAACACUUUCCAUUUUGCCGGUGUAUCCUCGAAGAACGUAACCCUUGGUGUGCCCAGGUUGAAAGAAAUCAUCAACAUCUCUAAAAAGCCGAAGGCUCCGUCUCUUACCGUGUUUCUCACGGGUGCUGCCGCUAGGGAUGCUGAGAAGGCUAAGAACGUACUGUGUCGAUUGGAACACACUACUUUGAGGAAGGUUACGGCAAACACGGCGAUCUACUACGAUCCAGAUCCCCAAAAUACGGUGAUUCCCGAAGAUCAAGAAUUCGUAAAUGUCUACUACGAAAUGCCAGACUUUGACCCUACCAGAAUAUCCCCGUGGCUGUUGCGUAUAGAAUUAGAUAGAAAAAGGAUGACUGACAAAAAACUGACUAUGGAACAGAUUGCGGAAAAGAUCAACGCUGGAUUCGGAGAUGAUUUGAAUUGUAUCUUCAAUGACGACAAUGCUGAAAAAUUAGUACUUCGAAUCAGAAUUAUGAAUAGCGAUGACGGGAAGUUUGGAGAAGGAGGAGACGAAGAUGUAGACAAAAUGGACGAUGAUAUGUUCUUACGUUGUAUUGAAGCAAACAUGCUCAGUGACAUGACACUACAGGGUAUUGAGGCUAUAUCAAAAGUAUACAUGCAUUUACCCCAAACGGACUCGAAGAAAAGAAUAGUAAUCACCGAAACAGGAGAAUUCAAGGCGAUUGCAGAAUGGCUGCUUGAAACUGACGGUACCAGUUUGAUGAAAGUACUUUCGGAAAGAGAUGUCGACCCUGUUAGAACGUUUUCUAACGAUAUCUGCGAAAUUUUCUCGGUACUUGGUAUAGAAGCUGUGCGUAAAUCCGUAGAAAAAGAAAUGAAUGCUGUGCUUCAAUUCUACGGUCUGUACGUAAACUACCGACAUCUUGCGUUGCUUUGUGACGUCAUGACUGCAAAGGGUCACUUGAUGGCAAUCACUCGUCACGGUAUCAACAGGCAAGAUACUGGAGCCCUCAUGAGGUGCUCCUUCGAAGAAACGGUCGAUGUAUUAAUGGAUGCAGCAUCUCACGCUGAAGUAGAUCCUAUGAGAGGUGUGUCAGAAAACAUUAUUAUGGGUCAGCUGCCUCGCAUGGGUACCGGUUGCUUUGAUUUACUUCUUGAUGCCGAGAAGUGUAAGUUGGGUAUCCCCAUCGCUCAAGCUCAUGGCACUGACAUUAUGAGCUCAGGAAUGUUCUUCGGAUCAGCAGCUACUCCCAGCAGCCUGAGCCCUGGUGGAGCUAUGACACCUUGGAACCAGGGAGCUACACCAUAUGUAGGAAGUGUUUGGUCCCCUCAAAACUUGAUGGGCAGCGGCAUGACCCCUGGUGGGCCAGCAUUCUCGCCAUCAGCAGCCUCUGACGCUUCUGGAAUGUCUCCAGCUUAUGGAGCCUGGUCGCCAACACCACAAUCGCCAGCUAUGUCUCCGUAUAUCGCGUCGCCACACGGUCAGUCUCCUUCAUACAGUCCGUCUAGCCCAGCUUUCCAACAGCCAACCUCUCCUUCUAUGACACCUGUGUCUCCUGGGUACUCCCCCAGCUCUCCAGGAUAUUCCCCCACCAGUCCUAACUACAGUCCUACUAGCCCGAGUUAUUCGCCUACAUCUCCCAGCUAUUCUCCGACUUCACCCAGUUAUUCUCCAACAUCCCCAAGUUAUUCACCAACCUCGCCUAGUUAUUCGCCAACAUCUCCAAGCUAUUCUCCUACAUCGCCUAGCUAUUCUCCCACAUCUCCAAGUUAUUCGCCUACGUCACCGAGCUAUUCACCCACUUCUCCGAGUUAUUCUCCGACGUCACCAAGUUAUUCACCAACUUCGCCAAGUUAUUCGCCAACAUCUCCCAGCUAUUCACCAACUUCGCCUAGUUAUUCACCUACUUCACCCAGCUAUUCUCCUACGUCGCCAAGUUAUUCACCUUCUUCUCCGAGGUACACUCCAGCUUCACCAAGCUACUCGCCAACUUCUCCAAGCUACUCUCCUACAUCUCCAAGCUAUUCGCCUACGUCACCAAGUUAUUCACCAGCAUCUCCGAGUUAUUCGCCAUCUUCACCAAAAUAUUCUCCAACAUCUCCAAAUUAUUCGCCUACGUCUCCAUCCUUCUCUGGGGGAAGCCCUCAAUAUUCACCUACGUCACCCAGUUAUUCACCUACGUCACCAAGUUAUUCGCCGUCUAGUCCUCAACAUACGCCUGCGGCAAGUACGAGGUAUUCACCUUCUUCGCCUAAUUAUUCACCUAGUUCUCCAAAUUAUUCUCCAACUUCUCCCCAAUAUUCCCCUCACAGCACAAAGUAUUCACCCACUUCACCUACCUACACUCCAACAAGUCCUAGUUAUUCACCUGCUUCGCCAGCUUAUUCCCCUCAACCCCCUAGAUAUUCACCAUCCUCACCUAAUGAUCAGUAAAUUUAGUUACAAUUAUUGUAAAAAUAUCAAUUUUUAUUGUAAUAACUUUAUUACUAUGUUUAUAUUUAUAGACUUGCAGUUAUGAAAAUAUGAAUAAAAGUUAUAUACUUUUC